AUGGCUAACGGAUUGAUCCCACCUCCCGGGGGCACCUCUCCUCUACCCCAGGUCCGGGUGCCAUUGGAAGAGCUCCCCUUGAGCCCUGACAAAGAAGAGGAUGAUGACUUGGGAAAGACCUUGGCCGUGAGCAGGUUUGGGGACCUGAUCAGCAAACUCCCUGCCUGGGACCCCGAAAAACCAAGCCGAAGCUACAGCGAGAGAGACUUUGAGUUUCACCGUCACACAUCCCACCACACACACCACCCGCUGUCAGCUCGCCUGCCUCCCCCCCACAAGUUUCGUCGGCUACCCACCACCUCUGCCCAUCGGGCCAGGAGAAAGAGGAAGAAGGAGAAAACCUCUGCUCCCCCUUCUGAAGGCACACCUCCUAUCCAGGAGGAGGGAGUAGUUGGGGGAGAGGAGGAGGAAGAAGAGGAGGAGGAGGAGGAGGAGGAAGAAGAAGGGGAGUCUGAGGCAGAGACAUUGGACCAGGAACCCUUGCCUUCAGAGUCUCCAAGCAGAGUCAAGUUCUCCAUUGGAAGUGAUGAUGAUGAGAGUGUGGGUGUCCCAGGGAAGAAUGUCCCCACAAAGUCUUUGUCUCAGCCUGUCCCAGGCCUGGCCCAUGACUCUGAACUCUCCACCACACCCUUCUUUACUCCCUUCUCCCCCUCCACUGGCCAUUCAACCACUCUGACCCAUUACAGGGGCCUCUUCUCUACCUCUUCUCCCAGUCCCCCGAUUCCUCGGCCCCGGACCCCUCGAGGCAUGGAUGAGAAGGCCAGGCCAUGGAGCCCAUCAGCAAGUUAUGACCUCCGGGAGCGCCUGUGCCCUGGCAGUGCCUUGGAAAGCCCAGUCAGCCUGGAGCAGCAGGUGCCCACCGAUGAGGCUGAGGCCCAGAUGCUUGGUUCUGCUGACCUGGAUGACAUGAAGAGUCAUCGACUGGAGGACAACCCUGGAGUUCGGAGGCAUCUGGUGAAGAAGCCUUCUCGGACCCAGGCUGGGAGGAGUAGCCCUGGAGGCCUGGCUCCUAUUUUGAGGAAGAAAAAGAAAAAGAAGAAACUGGACCGGAGGCCUCAUGAGGUGUUUGUGGAACUGAACGAGCUCAUGUUGGACAAGGCCCAGGAGCCUCAGUGGCGGGAAACAGCCCGCUGGAUCAAGUUUGAGGAAGAUGUGGAGGAGGAGACGGAGCGUUGGGGGAAGCCCCACGUGGCUUCACUGUCUUUCCGUAGCCUUCUGGAGCUGAGGAAAACCAUUGCCCAUGGGGCCACCCUCCUGGACCUAGAGCAGACCACCCUGCCUGGCAUCGCACACCUUGUGGUGGAAACGAUGAUCAUGUCAGACCAAAUCCGUCCUGAGGACCGAGCAAGUGUGCUGCGUACACUUUUACUAAAACACAGCCACCCGAACGACGACAAAGAUGGAAGUUUUUUCCCCCGAAAUCCAUCAAGCUCCAGUGUGAACUCCAUGCUGGGAAACCAUCACUCAACUCCAGGCCACGUUCCUGAUAGUGCCGUCCCCACUAUAGGGGAUGACCUCAGUGAACCAGCUCCGCUCUGGCCCCAUGAUCCUGACAGCAGAGAGAAGCCCUUGCACAUGCCUGGGGGGGAUGGCCACCGAGGGAAAAGCCUGAAGCUGAUGGAGAAGAUCCCUGAGGAUGCUGAAGCCACUGUUGUGCUUGUGGGCUGUGUCCCUUUUUUGGAGCAGCCUGCUGCGGCUUUUGUUCGGUUGAAUGAGGCUGUACUCCUGGAAUCUGUGCUUGAAGUUCCUGUGCCGGUCCGUUUCCUCUUUGUGAUGCUGGGGCCCAGAGAGACCAGGACGGACUACCAUGAGUUGGGUCGCUCCAUUGCUACUCUCAUGUCUGACAAGCUGUUCCAUGAGGCUGCGUACCAGGCAGAUGACCGCCAGGAUCUGCUGUGUGCCAUCAGUGAGUUCUUGGAUGGCAGCAUUGUGAUCCCACCAUCUGAGGUGGAGGGCCGUGAUCUGCUGCGGUCAGUGGCCGCCUUCCAGCGGGAGCUGCUGAGGAAGCGGAGGGAGCGGGAGCAGAACAAGGUCCAGCUGGCCCCCCGGAGUGAGACCACUAUUUCAGGAAAAGAUCUGUCCACAUCAGGGUCAGGAGUCUCUGAGGGGAGCCCAGAGGAUGACCCCCUUCAACGGACAGGCAGCUUGUUUGGGGGACUUAUCCAAGAUGUGAAGCGUCGCUACCCGCUCUACGUCAGUGACCUGAUAGAUGCACUGGACUCUCAGUGUUUGGCUGCUGUGCUUUUUAUCUACUUUGCAGCCCUGAGCCCGGCUAUCACCUUUGGGGGGCUGCUGGGGGAGAAGACAGAGGGACUGAUAGGGGUGUCAGAGAUGAUCGUCUCCACUUCUAUCAUCGGUGUCAUUUUCUCCCUGCUGGCUGCCCAGCCGCUGCUCGUGGUGGGCUUCUCAGGGCCAUUGCUCGUUUUUGAGGAAGCCUUCUUCAAGUUCUGCCAUGCUCAGGACCUGGAGUACCUCACAAGCCGGGUUUGGGUUGGCUUCUGGCUCAUCGUCUUUGUGGUUUCACUGGUGGCCGUCGAGGGCAGCUUUCUCGUCCGAUACAUCUCGCUCUUCACCCAGGAGAUCUUUGCCUUUCUCAUCUCCCUCAUCUUCAUCUAUGAGACUUUCUACAAGCUCUAUAAGGUGUUUACUGAACAUCCCUUACUGCCCUUCUACCCUUCGGACUCGGCAUUGGAAAGGCCAGUAGGAUCCAACCUGGACCUGAAUUCAAGUGCACUGCCGACCACAGAGGGCCCACCAGGGCCACGGAAGCAGCCCAACACAGCACUGCUUUCCCUCAUCCUUAUGCUUGGGACCUUUCUUCUUGCCUUCUUCCUGCGGAAAUUCAGGAACAGUCGCUUUCUGGGGGGAAAGGCACGCCGAAUUAUUGGGGACUUUGGGAUCCCAAUCUCCAUUCUGGUGAUGGUUUUGGUGGAUUACUCUAUCAUUGACACCUAUACUCAGAGGCUGACUGUACCCACGGGGCUCUCGGUGACAUCCCCUGAUAAGCGCAAUUGGUUCAUUCCACCCCUGGGAAGCACUCGACCUUUCCCACCUUGGAUGAUGGUGGCAGCAUCUAUCCCAGCUCUCCUUGUCCUCAUUCUCAUCUUCAUGGAGACACAGAUCACUGCGCUCAUUGUCAGCCAGAAGGCUCGUCGGCUGGUCAAGGGUUCAGGCUUCCACCUAGACCUGUUGCUGAUUGGCUCUCUGGGGGGUUUCUGUGGGCUCUUUGGGAUGCCCUGGCUCACAGCUACCACUGUCCGAUCCGUCACCCAUGUUAAUGCACUGUCUGUUAUGCGCACGGCCAUUGCACCUGGAGAGAAGCCCCAGAUCAAGAAGGUCAGGGAGCAGCGGGUCACAGGAUUGCUCAUUUCCUGCCUUGUGGGCCUCUCCAUUGUGAUGGGGCCAAUGCUUCGUCGGAUCCCACUGGCUGUACUGUUUGGAAUUUUCCUGUACAUGGGGGUCACCUCUCUGAUUGGGAUACAGCUCUCACAGCGCCUUCUGCUCCUUCUGAUGCCUGCAAAACACCAUCCUGAUGAGCCCUAUGUGACCAAGGUAAAGACUUGGCGGAUGCAUCUCUUCACCUGUAUCCAGCUGGGUUGCAUUGCAGUGCUCUGGGUGGUCAAGUCCACAGCCGCCUCCCUCGCCUUCCCUUUUCUGCUGUUGCUCACGGUACCACUGAGGCGUUGCCUGCUGCCUCGAAUCUUUAAGGAGAGGGAACUGCAGGCGCUGGACUCCGUAGAAGCCGAACCCAACUUUGAUGAAGAUGGGCAGGAUGAAUAUAAUGAGCUCCACAUGCCGGUGUAAAAACUGGAGAAGAGGUCCCUCAGAGACCAUUGGGAUGAGGGGAUACCUAGCAGUUCCCCCCAGCCUAGAGAUAGGCUCUGAGCAAGAACCCAACCCCACAGCUGAUGAAGCAUCUUAUUACUCAGAGAUGUGCCUGGCACUAAUACCAACCCUCACAGCGGAGUGACCUUCCUGAUUUCCACCCAGGACACUGGUCCUUCAUCUCCCAUGCCCCCAGUACAGAUCUUCAUCCCAAUUCAGCUUUGACCUCAUUACAAUCAGAGAACGUCUCACCUUCUGACUGUUGUAUCUUUCAUUUCCUGCUUAUAUGAAGCUUUC